GCGUGGGGACAAGGAUGCGAGAAAACUUAACCGAGCUUGACAGAGCCGCGAAUGGAGGUGCAGCUGGGUGUCCGGCGAGUGGGUAGCACGAAGGUCCGCGCGGCCUGGGCCGCCCCACCCGAGAGGAGAGGACGCGGGACUGGCGGCGCGGCGGCGGAGUCCUGCGGACCAACUCCUCCACCCCCGAGGCGGUUUGCAAACACUCUCGGGAGCGCAGCGGGCCAGGCCAUUCUCGAGCCAGAGGCUACGACGAAGCUACCACCUCGAGAGUGGGGAGGGAAAGCUCCGCACCCUCAAUCCCCAGCACCAGUCUCCGCCCAGUAACUGCCCUCGGAGAAGCCGCCUCGGAGCCCCUCCCGGCCAGUCGCGCUCUCCCGGCAGCGCAGUACCCUCCGGCCCAGGGAGUUCCCAGAGCGCCAGCGUGGCCUCGCAGGUUAGAGCCGGGCUCCCACACGCGCCAAUCCAGAGGGCGCGAGGUCCCCUGGAUCCUCAGGCGGCGAGGCGUUCCGGGACGCAAGCAGCCUCCCUGGAGAAGCCUGGAGGCCAAGUCGCCCAAGUCUCCGCCACUCCAGGGAAGUUAACUAAAGCUCUGCAAUCCGAGAGUCGCGCGGACGCUUACUUCUGACUGUUCUCCCUAAUCCCUGUAAGACAAACCCUAAGCAACAAAUCCGAGAUAGUUUUUUUAAGCAAAUAUUCUUUGGAAAGGGAUUUAUAGCCACGAGAGAGGAAGAGUGACAAACUGCCUGUGGUCCGCACCACGUAUGUAAGAAAGAACCAAAAGGUCCAAGUGUCUGAUACCAAGUAGAUGGAAAGAAAUUAACUUCCCUAUGCAAUUCAAUUCAGUUUCACCUGGCCGGACUUUAAGAGGGUAGUCAGGCCCUCCCAAGGGAUUUUGAAAAAAACCGAACUACCAGGCUUCUACAACGAAGUUUUCACCCAAAUAGACUCAUAGAUUUUUAUUUUUAUCUCAUAACCCAGGGCUUGGAUAUAACCUCCCAAAUCACACUAAAAAUAAUCACAUCUAUCUGACAUAUGUUAAAAAGAUUCAGAAUCCAGACAUCUUAGGUUCAUACAUAAACCCACAGUAUUAACCAAAUCAGAAACGACGUUCUAGCUUUUUUUUUCCACCCAAAAGUACAGAAAGGCUACAGUGGGUACAGCUCGUUAAGGAUAAUACAUAUACUAAAGGCACAUGCAUGCCUUUCAUUGAAAUGCCGAGGGAGGAGUGAAGCCAUCUGUGUAAUCAAUAACAGGAUACUUAUAGAUUUUUGUGGCAGUGAAGUAUUUUAAAAGCGAGAGCCAAUUAUGAAAAUAAAAUCAUUUUACAAAUGAAACUGUACUGCCUCAGAAUACAUUCAUAAUUAGAUUUGUAACAGUAACAUUUUAAGAAAACUUUAGGUUUACAUUUACUUCCCUUGUUUUUCAUUAAGUUUGAAACAAUUUUAGUAGCUUAUUUUAAAAGUAUAUCCUACUAAGCUCUACAUAUAAAUUUGCACCGUUUCUUACAACUUAGACAUUUUCUCUCUCAUAACUGGUUAAUUCUUGUAACGAUAAAAUAAUGGUAUUAAAUAUAUGCGAAUCUUAAUUCUGAAACAAUUAUCAAACAAGGUGCUUGGACUCGUUUUUGCCCUGCCCUGUUUUACAACAGCAUAUCGAAAUUACUAAAAAGAGAUUUAUGUUCAUAAACCCUCACCUUAUAUCCAUUCCAAACCCCCACUGGUGCACAUAUACAGCAAUUGCUAUGGUUCUUGGCAACAAUGGGAGGGGAGGGGAAGAAAGGGAGGAAGACUUUAAAGGAGGAAGAGAAUUGGAAAAAUUAGGUCCUUUUCCAGAUUCCCCUUUCUCCUCCCAUUUGCCUUCAAGCCAAAGUAAUUUUGUUACAGUUUGCACCUUCUCCUACCCAAUGUUGAUAGAAUCAUUAACAUUAAAAAAGUGAACCUUUCUGAACCACUGCUACUCUCCCUCGCGUUAUUCCAGCCAUCUCCAGGAGAGUCCCUUCUAUAUAAACUCCUUUUCUUCUUUGCUACUGAUAAGAGAGGAGGAUAAAGAAGAAGGGCUGUAAAAUGUGUGCAAGCAUUUGAUUUCCAUUAUCUCCUCCUAUUUUCUUACUUCUCUCUUUACCCCCUUUCUUUAUCAAGUGCAGUGGUGGCUGCUACCGUUCGCCAAGCGUGCCUGUCUUCUCUCUCGGAUUGGCUAAAGCACUGACAGCUCGGAUAGCGAUUGUAGGAGCUGAAGCUCCACCCCUCAUGAUGGCCCUGGGACCAUUCAUAAACUAAAUAACUCCAGGAAACAGCAAGGGAAGAAGAAAGAGAGAGGGAGAAAGAGGGGGACAGAGAGAGAGAGAGAGAGAGAGAGAGAGAGAGAGAGAGAGAGAGAGAAGAAGGAGGAGGAGGAGGAGGAGAGAGGAGCAGCACGAGGGAGGGGGAGGGGGAGGGGGAGAGAAGCAGGGGGAGACGGGGGCGAGAAAGAGGUCGGAGAGGAGAGGCGGGGGAGAGACGACUCAAAGUGGAAUCUGUACAAGCAACCUAGAGGAGGAGAAGGAAAACCUUGAAUCGUUAUAGCUACACCCCAGAUGCAACGCAAGCAACGACUUCGUCACACUAAAACGGAUUUUGUGAGGGCCAAAAGUAUAAAUUACGAAGCAGAAAUGAUUAUCAAACAACUUCCAGCGGUUUGCACCUAAAGAAAUACAAGAAGAAUCCACUACAAACAAACAAACCCAGUCCAAACAACGCCUCCAGUAGGAAAAGAGGAAAACUGCGACAACACGACCCCCAAGAAGAGAGGAGACCAACACGCUGAGACUGCGGGGUGUCAGCAAACCUCCAAGUGCACGGCGGACUGAGUUGCACUUCGCAGCUCCCUGGACAUUAAUUACCUCCUGCACCUUCCAUUUGCGGGAGGGUGAGGAAGAAGGUACUCACCUACACUGAGCGAAGAAGUCGUACCAGCGUGGAAGAGAAGUUUAAGAAUGAACCACUGAAUGUUUCGCUUUUAUUUUUAAAUUUACUUUGGCACUUAAAAAACUUCAUUUCCAGGUUUCUAGGCAAUCUCGGCUACAGACAUCUAAGCCUAACCUUUUGGUAUCCUGAGGUUUUUUUCUCUGUCCUCCUUCCUCACCCCCACCCCGCUGCUCUCGCACAAGGUCAUCUUUACAUACCAAGAGAAAGUAAAAAGGUCCCAGGAGGUACUUUUCUUUUUAGAAAAUCACCUUUUUCCCCCUUAAUUUUUCUGCAGAAGAAAAAAGCUUUUGAAAGAGGGAAAAGGAAAAAACAAGCCGGCAGCCGUAUCAGCCGGUCAGCCCAGGUGGAAAACGAGAGUGAAAGUGGGGCUUAACGGGGAGCGCACCGCCUCUUUCGAAAGCCGCUGGGCCACCACCAGUGCCUGAGCCUUGGAUCCCUCAACGUAUUGCGAGACGCCGGUGUAUAGCCCGGACCUGUGCCCCAACAUGAUCGCCGCUCAGGCCAAGCUGGUUUACCAGCUCAAUAAAUACUACACUGAGCGCUGCCAGGCGCGCAAGGCGGCCAUCGCCAAAACCAUCCGAGAGGUCUGUAAGGUGGUCUCGGACGUGCUCAAGGAAGUGGAGGUGCAGGAGCCUCGCUUCAUCAGCUCCUUGAGCGAGAUCGAUGCCCGCUACGAAGGGCUUGAGGUCAUCUCGCCCACCGAAUUUGAGGUGGUGCUCUACCUAAACCAGAUGGGCGUCUUCAACUUCGUGGACGACGGCUCGCUGCCCGGCUGCGCGGUGCUCAAACUGAGCGAUGGGCGGAAGCGGAGCAUGUCUCUCUGGGUCGAGUUCAUCACGGCUUCGGGCUAUCUCUCAGCGCGUAAGAUCCGCUCACGUUUCCAGACGCUGGUGGCUCAGGCAGUGGACAAGUGCAGCUAUCGGGAUGUGGUCAAGAUGAUCGCGGACACCAGCGAGGUCAAGUUGCGCAUCAGGGAGCGCUACGUGGUGCAAAUCACACCGGCGUUCAAGUGCACCGGGAUCUGGCCUCGAAGCGCGGCACAGUGGCCUAUGCCCCACAUCCCCUGGCCUGGCCCCAAUCGGGUGGCCGAGGUCAAGGCCGAAGGGUUCAACUUGCUCUCGAAGGAGUGCUACUCGCUAACCGGCAAGCAGAGCUCGGCGGAGAGCGACGCCUGGGUGCUACAGUUCGGGGAGGCGGAGAACCGCCUGCUGAUGGGCGGCUGCCGAAACAAGUGCCUCUCGGUGCUGAAGACUCUGCGGGACCGCCACCUGGAGCUGCCCGGCCAGCCGCUCAAUAACUACCACAUGAAGACACUGCUGCUGUACGAGUGCGAGAAACACCCGCGAGAAACGGACUGGGACGAGUCGUGUCUGGGCGACCGGCUCAACGGCAUCCUGCUGCAGCUCAUCUCCUGCCUGCAGUGCCGCCGCUGCCCUCACUACUUUCUGCCCAACCUCGACCUCUUUCAGGGCAAGCCCCAUUCGGCCCUGGAGAGCGCUGCCAAGCAGACCUGGAGGUUGGCCAGGGAAAUUCUCACCAAUCCCAAAAGCCUGGACAAACUAUAGGGUGCUGGGGACUGCUUGAAAAGCGACACAAACGGGCGUGCUCUCUCAGACACACAACACACAACUCAGCGAUUAACAGCAGAAACUCUGGACACAAACUUUUAUGUAAGUCACCUGAAACGAACAGGAAUCAGGCAGAAGACCUUCGUUAAUUAAGAAGCAAACAAAAAGAGAGCAACCCAACCAAAACAAAUCACAUUCUUGCACAAAAGUGAUCGUUUUCUUCCAAACAAUGUGAAUUUAAAAGGUCACACAAAAGAAGCAAUCGGGCUGUGCCACCACAAAAUGAAACCCAAGGUACAUUUUCAAAUCAAUGUAUAGUAGUUUCUCCCUUUUCCUUCUUUCCCCCAUCCUUUUUCUCUCCACCUCCCCCUCCGAUUUCGUUUUACUUUUGGUUGCCUGAAUGUUGUCACCAAGUGAAAAAAUUAUUUAACUAUAUGUAAAAUUUCUCUUUUAAAAAAAGUUUUACUGAUGUUAAACGUAUCUCAGUGCCAAUGUCAGAUUGUGCCCCUCCCUCUCCUGCACCUCUACCCUCACCCUGAGCCGUCUUGUUGAAAACAGUAAUAAAAACAUUACUUUACAUUGUAA